AUGUCUGUACUGCUCACCGGAUCCACAGGCUUCAUUGCCACUCACGUCCUCGACCAACUGCUUAGCAAGGGUCUCUCCGUGGUAGCCACCUACCGAUCCGAGUCCAAGGUGGACUUUCUGAAGAAACGAUUCGAGGGCAAGAGUGUCGAGUUUGUGCUUCUGUCAGACAUUGAAUCCGAGUCCGAGGUCAAGGACAUCUUCAACAAGAACCCACAAAUCACCAAAGUGAUCCACACCGCAUCACCGUUCCACUUCAACUUCACCGACCCCCUGACGGAGGUUCUUCAGCCAGCCGUGAACGGCACCAAGGCGGUGCUGAACGCCAUUCCCGAGCACGUGACUCACGUAGUUGUCACCUCCUCGGUGGCGGCCGUGGUGGACAUCAAGUAUAUUGACGACUACAACGAGAUCAUCACCGAGGACUCGUGGAACGGAAUCUCGUGGGAGGACGCCGAGAAGAAGGGAGGCAGCUUCACGUACCGAGGCUCCAAAACCUUUGCCGAAAAGGCAGCGUGGGAACUGCACAAGAAGGCCAAGUACAACCUGGUCACAAUUCUGCCUCCUCUGGUGUUUGGACCAGUCUACGGACAGACUGACACCCUCAACACCUCCAACGAACAGCUGGUGGACGCGCUCAAAAAGGGGUCUAACUUCAGAUACGCAGGAACGUAUGUCGACGUCCGAGAUACAGCUGCUGCCCACGUGGCUGCCAUUGAUGCCACGGAAUCAGCCAGAUGGCUCACUAUUGGAGGCUACUACACCCGCCAGGAGAUUCUGGAUAUCACCAACAAGGAGUUUCCCGAAUUCCAUGCUGACAAGGGGACUCCGGGCGACUACUCUGGUUUGAAACGGGCCUUCCGAUACGACAACUCCAAGACCAACAAGGUGUUCCCUCGAAAGUACAUCACGUUGAAGCAGACAGUGGAGGACACCUUUCGGGGCAUUGAUCCCAAGUAUAUCAACAAGUUGUAG